AUGAAAACAUAUGGACAUAUGGCAGUCAUUUAAUCACGACAGUGUAAAUUCGAUUUGUAUUUCAGCUUACAGAUUGGCAUUGAUGAGUAAGGUAUCAUAUCUUGUUCUCCUAUAUACGUUGUACCUACCAGUCGAAGAGUGGAAAAACAGUGUACCCCUUGUCUUUGGUUUAACAUCUUCUCUUUUGGGACAGAACCAGAAUCACCACACACAAAUACAACAUUCGAGUUGGGAAGAAGUUGUCAAUAUUUGUAAUUCAACAAAGGAAAUACUUUAAAUAACCGGUUGUUUAUCACAACAUAGUUGUCGAAAAUUAGGAAGACAGAUGAGUGACAGAUCCAUUGAUGUCUCACAAAAGGAUGGAGUGAAAACUAGCGUGGUAAAUCCUACAAUCGAAACUGAAACACUAAAGGAAUCCGUGAGAUAGAGAUAUUAGAUCUCAGUUUGACAAAGGAGACCUGAUCUGAAGGGGGAGCUUAGGUUUGAACUUCAUAUUGUAUUGUUAAUGUAUUUUCAGUCACUUUUAUGUGAUGCAUCAUCUGUGUGUUUCAACGUAGAUUACCAGGAGAGGGGAGGAAACGAUUCAAGAGGGUGAUAUCAGAAAAGACAGUUGACGCAUUGACAAAGAAAAAAAAACAGAACAAAUUGGAAAAUACUAGACUGUACUACUUCUGGGUGACGUCUUUUAGCCACCACAAUCACAGCCAUGUCGGUGCUGCUUUCAAACGUUUCAAACUCUUUCCCUACCCAAAGACCAGCUGUCAUUGUUCAGACAAGUGAUGCUGUCCGGUUCGUCGCACCAUGCGUUGUCGGACUCGUGAUCCUCAUCGGUGUCGUGGGAAACAUCUUCAUUAUCCUCGGUCUCCUGGCCGCCAAGAAUAGGGUGGACACCCCUCCAUGUCUCCUCCACUGGGUGAUACAAAACGUUACAGCGAGUGACCUGGCUCUACUAGUUUUCGUCUGUCCCAUCUUUGCAGCAGAGUUCGCGGGAGAGAGUUGGACCUUCGGCCAAGCCCUGUGUUCAGUCGUGCGCCCUCUGGAUUUCACCAACAUGGUGGUGUCUUUUUACAGUAUUUGCUUCAUAUGUAUCGACACAUGCUUUGCCGUGGCAGAUCCGCAGAAGUAUCAACAGAAGAGAAACGCAAGAACGGUCGGAGGAUGCAUCGUGGGGAUCUGGGCAGUGGCUAUUGCAUUGACGCUGCCAGUAUGGGUGUUCUCUCGUGUACGCCCAACUGCAUUUCGUGGCAACAUCUGCACCGUCUCAUGGCCGGACCACUUUCCCAUCUCGUUUCCAGUCUAUGGGCUGGUGUUCGCGAUGGGGUUGCCCCUGGUGACAUCAUUAUGCUGCAUCACUGGCAUUUUCAUCAACUCGAGUGGGAAACUCUGGAGACCAACCUCGGCAGAUAGUGUCAAGAAAACCAAAGAGUUGGUCAACUUGAUCAUUGCUCUUGUCCUCACCGGUGGCGGGCUAUGUGCUCCGUAUUUUAUCACACCUUUCUACAGGGAAAUUUACACCGAAAACCUGGUGCCAAAGAAGUCUGCAGAAUCCUUCUUCACCAUCACAUGUUUUGUCUACGCGUACAGCUGCGUCAAGCCAAUGCUGUGCAUCUUUUUCAACAGCGAGAUUCGCAACAUGGUCACCGACCUGAUCCCUAGCCGAUCCUCAAACAUAAAAUCAAUCAGAAACGGGUUCAAGAAGAACAAGAGUCCGCAAUCUAACCCAGCCAAACCACCCAGGGGUCAGCAACACUAUGUUGACCAUCGUUGUCCGGACACACCCAUUUCCACCAGGUCGUUUCCGGGCUCUCGAACCGAUUCUCGAAUCAAUCUACAAAACCUGUUCGCACUGCAGUUUACCGAGGAUGGAUGGAGAAGGAAGACACUUUAAGGACACUUAAGGUAAAUCUUCUGUUAACCAUAGAUUUAACCAGAUCAAUCGUGGUUUAUAUCACUUUAUCUGAAUUCCUUCCAGGAACAGGCACGUCAAUUUUACACUCAAACAUUACCCAAUAUGAUUGGUUACGUGGAUCCUUCAUGGAUAUGCCUACCUGUUGCCCCUCAUUUGGAGAGUGCCUUUAUACAUUAUUAUGAAUGUAUAUUAAUGGUGAUAUCAUUAAUGAUAUAUCGGUAAUGAUGCAACAGUCUGCAGAUUAUAAGAGAGAGGGUGGUGUUUUAGGGGAUAGUGGGAAGCAGGCCACGCUAUCUGGCCGCCUUGGGGUAGUCUGCAGGCACAGACCCUGAUUGGAAAUUUGAUCAAUAAGUGUGCCUCCACGCAAAGACUAGCACAUACAAAACUUGCUGUUCCAAUACCUGAGCGAGAGAGCCUUCAGUACACAAGGCAUGAGUAGGCUGCACAUUCAGACCCUUAACUCGAGUGAAGGGUUUGCCCAGCAGACUAGCCUUGGGGAGGGAAGGGAAUUUAGUAAGGGCAGUUAACGGGGGGGGGGGUCUUUUUACAUAAUCCUUUGUUCUAAUCGCUUUGAUUCUAUUUUCAUUUAUUUGGUAUACAUGAUACGGCAUGUAAUUUUCUAUUUAUUUUGUUAUUAUUUUUUGUAUCUAUAUAUAUGAAUCUUUGUGCAAGCAAACCUGUUGUUUUAUUAUGAUGUAUGUUUCUUUUACGUAACGAAUCAGACAUUGUAUAUUAGUUUAUGGAUUUAUCAAUAGAGUUCUUAACAUAAUUAUAUACAGGACUUCAUGUAUUCGUUUCAGUUGGUUGUACUUGCGAAUAGGUUACAGCACCACCUUUGAAAACAAAAAACCAGAUUCUAUGGACACUUAAUAAUCUCGAUGCAUUUUUAGUAGUCAUUCUGAGUCCACUAUCUAAUGAACAGCGAGUGAUGUAGGCCGGCUUAUAUUGGCAUCACUAGCGUACAGAUGGGGGAGCUUUUGUCCCCUAACGUUUUCAAUCAUGAAAAAGGGAGACAAAUGAAAGAAAAUGGGAAGAUGUGAAUCAUUUUCUGAUUAAAAAGUCAACAUUUUCGCUCGCUCGGAAGUUUGCCCCAUAAGCCUGUCUGGCCCAUCAUUCUUUUUCUUUCGGCUAGUUACGCCACUGAUUGGCAACAAAUUCUAGGCUUCCAAUAUUUAAUGGACAAAUGAAAAUAAAAUACCCAAAAAAGUUCUGUUAUACAUCACAUCUAGGUUCUCGGGUAGUGACAGCUGUAUAAUUUACUUUACUUAACGAAUUCACAGAUCAGGACACCUCUUCGGAUUCAGUCCCCUGCGUGAUAAAUCUCCCUUGGGUCCCUCGCCUCGGCGGGUACCCCCCCCCCCUCCUUCCCCGACAACUCGGAGGACUUCUUGUCGACAAUAAGAAGAUAUCCGCUCCUCCCAUUGUACAUUCCAAAUCCCUUAGAGGCGGAUGCUGGACUUUCUAAAGGGGGAGAUAGGCCUUUGUUGUAAUGGACAAAAUGGAGGUGUGGGAAGGGGCAGGGUAUGACCGUUCUGAGAAUUGGGUGUGGGGAAAGGAAUAGAGAAGCGAUCAAGCUUACCACGAAGGCCUUUAUAGUUGAAAAGUAAAGGAUUUGGUGGACACUUUACGUGGACGCUGCGAACGGUUAUGGAACAGGGUUAUAAGACUAGGAGCGCCGGAAGGACUAUGUUUUAACCCUAAAAGAGCCGGGUUAUUUGAACCCCUCUCACAGCCGAGCCGGGGGGGGGGGGCGGAAUCCGCCCAUCCCCGCCCCACCCCCUGAGAGAUCUCGGCCUUCGAUCGCCGCGAAAAUUUGCACAGUGGUAGUGUGCGAUAAAAUCGACAAGGCUGUAUGGAAUUUUUUUUUUAGUAAUAAAUUUUUUCAUAUAAUUCAUUAGUUUUUCUGAAAAAAUAUGCAUGAAUCAAACAUUUGCUCUAACCAACUUUCAUACUGGCCCAAAACUGCUAAUUCUCUAUUCACACACUUUGUAGGAUCCUGAUUAAAUGUACUUUCCAAAAAAUUUGGUAUCGUAAUUUUUUUUCUUAUGUAUUUUGUUUUUUAAAUUUCUUAUGUACUUCUUAGUUUUUUUAAUAUGUUUUUUAUUGUUUUUUCGAUGGAAAUCGUUGCAGACUUAAUUCUGAUCAUAAACAAGACAGAAUUGAUUAAGCUUAAUCAGUAAAAAUAUAAAUAAAUAAUACAUUUCUGAAUUAUGGCUAAAUAUACACAAUUUGCAUUGAAUUUGUACAUGAAUUCACGUUUUUGAACAGUUUUGAGUCUGACAUGCACUUACAUAUUUAAAUGUUGCGUAAUUUCAUAACCGCGUACCCGGGCCUCUCAAAUUUGGUCUCAAAAGUUGUGCGAGAUUAGACAGUAAAAAGUCAGCGAGUGGCGCGGUUGAUAAUUUUCGCGCGGCGGAUUUAUCGUUAAAAAUGUAGGGGGGAAUCCGCCCCCGGGCCUUUUAGGGUUAAGGGGUGGGAUUUUUAUCGUACAUCUUCUAAAUUCACCGAAAUACCUCCUGAUUAUCCAAGCCUGAUUAUCCAUACCACAUUAAUAUGGUUUCCAAUUAUUUAGAGAGAGGAUACUCUUUCAGGCCAUGUAUAAUGAUUACGUGAUCAUGACAUAUCUUGUCCCUAAAUUUGGGAUUUGUGAGGUGUCAAGUGUGUUUUUUUGUGUGACUAACACAGUGUGUAUAUAUAACGUUUACCUCACAAUCACAUCCAAAUUACAUGACGUUCAUGUAAAUACUGUAAUUGGAAUCUUAACUUGAUUAGAAUUGAUAAUAAAAGAUUCAAUAAAAGGUUCAUUAAGCUU